AUGGCCGCCGCGGCCGGGGACGUGUGCGGCUCCGUCUCGGGGAGCCGCGCCGGGGCCAGAGCCGGAGCCGGAGCAGGGGCUGCAGCUGUGGCUGCGGCGGAGGCGCGCUUCAUCAGCAGCGCCAAGGGGAAGGGCUUGUUCGCCACCAGAAACAUCCGCAAAGGGGAAAUCGUCUUCGUGGAGAGGCCGGUGGUGUCGUCCCAGUUCCUCUGGAACGCUCUGUACAACUACCGAGCCUGCGAUCACUGCCUGCGGGCUCUGGAGACUGCGGAGGAGAACGCCCAGCGGCUGCUGGGGAAGAGCUCGCUGGUGCUGCCUCACCCCGAGCAGUGCAGCAUCCGGAAAGACCUGCACCAGCAGUGCCCCCGCUGCCAGGUAACCUACUGCAGCGCUGAGUGCAGGCAGGCCGCUUUGGAGCAGUACCACCAGGUCCUCUGCCUCGGCCCAUCCCGUGACGACCCCACGCACCCCCUCAACAAGCUGCAGGAGGCAUGGAGAAACAUGCAUUAUCCACCAGAGACUUCCAGCAUCAUGUUGAUGGCCCGGAUGGUUGCCACUGUCAAACAGGCUAAAGAUAAGGAGUGGUGGAUCAAGACCUUCUCCCAGUUCUGCAAUAAGACAGCAAAUGAAGAGGAGGAGAUUGUGCACAAACUGCUGGGGGAUAAAUUUAAGGGCCAGCUGGAGCUGCUGCGGUUGCUUUUCAUGGAAGCCCUUUAUGAUGAACACCUCAGCAGGUGGUUCACUCCAGAAGGCUUUCGAUCCCUCUUUGCCCUUGUUGGGACCAAUGGCCAAGGCAUAGGAACAAGCUCUCUGAGCCAGUGGGUGCACGCCUGCGACGCGCUGGAGCUGCCCAUGCUGCAGCGGGAGGAGCUGGACGCCUUCAUCGACCAGCUCUACAAGGACAUCGAGAAGGAGUCAGGAGAAUUCCUCAACUGCGAGGGAUCAGGUCUCUACGUGCUCCAGAGCUGCUGUAACCACAGCUGCAUCCCCAAUGCUGAGACAUCCUUCCCAGAAAACAACUUCCUCCUGCAUCUGACGGCUCUGGAGGACAUUGAAGCAGGAGAGGAAAUCUGCAUCAGCUACUUGGACUGCUGUCAGAGGGAGCGCAGCAGACACAGCCGCAACAAGAUACUCAGGGAGAACUACUUAUUUACCUGCUCGUGUCCCAAGUGCCUGGCGCAAGCUGACGAUGCCGAUGUGACGUCGGACGAGGAGGAGGAGGGAGAAGGGGAGACAGAUGAUGCUGAGCUGGAGGAUGAGAUGACUGACGUUUGA